UACCCUGCACCUGGAGUAGGACAGCUGCCAUCGUCCUCACGUUGGUAUGGAUCCUUUUCAUAAUAAGAGAUACCAGAGACCAGCUGAUAACAGGAGAAGCACUGCUGCCAACCCCAGAGACAGGACUGACGGGACAGACGGGACAGACGGAAUUUCAGACAUGUCUGGAAAUGAUCAUAUACCUGAUAACUCCAACAGAAAUGUACCUGACAGCGGAAAUACACAAGGGACAGACAGGCAGCCCAGUUAUGCCGGUGGAUUCACUAUGAUCCCACCAAAUCAAGCUCGACGAAGCCAGAUCACAACGAUGGCUCAAAGAGAAGAGGAAGCAUAUCAGAGAUGGAAAGAGGCAAACAGAGUCCCCUCUGUGCAAAUUAAUCCAGAGAGACUGGGUGGGAAUGUAUCGAUGGCUGAAGCCCGGGAGAGGCAGCUUACAGACUUGCAGUGCGCCAAAUGGCAAAAGAAGCUGAAACAGGAAGAGAUGGACAAGAGGAGAAGACAAGAAGAGGAGGAGAAGUUCCUGAGGAAGAAAUCAGAACAGAGAGAGAAGGCUGAGCGCCUGGAGGAGAGGAAGCGACAGGACGAUGAGAGGAGGAGUGCGCAGUUCAGGCAGGAUCGGCUCAGGACGACUGACAACUUUCUGCAGAGUCUUGAGAGGAGAACCCCGGCUCCAGUGGCAUCCAGCAGUGCCACAUGCACGUCAUCCGGGAGUGAGGCCAUGAAGAGUAAACAAGAGAAACCAAAGAAAAGUGGGAAAGAAGUAGAGGAGGACCACAGAAGGGUGAACUCUGCUUUUCUGGCUAAGCUUGAGGGUCAGCGCAGAGGAAGUGAGAAUGAGCCAGAGUGGGAGACAGAGCGUUUCAACAUGGCCUCUGAAGAAUUCAGACACCAGCCAUCAGACGCCCCUGGACAUCAACUACCCCCUACUCACCUGAGACCAGAUCCAGAACAGCACAGGGCAGAGGAAGCUGACCCACAGCCUGACUAUGAGUGGGACUUGAUGAAACUGAUGAGCAACUUUCCAGACUGCGACAGCGUCUUUCUAGAGGACAUCCUUAUUCAGUGCAACGGCGAUUACGAGCAAGCCUACACAAUACUCAUCUCCUCACUCAGUUGAAUUUAAUCUAUCUUUAAUGGCAGGCUUGUCUUGCUUAGAAAAAUUGUGUUUGUUGCUUUAGGGAUUGGGCCAAAUGAAAAUGUUAAAUGUGUGUUCAGAUGUUAAAGAGUAGCAGGGAAGUAAGGAAUGUACCGUUAAAAAUGCUGACUGCACUACAAAACUGAAUUAUAUACAUACCUACAGAGCUGUAUUUGCUUCAUAAAAUCUGUUUUUGAUUAUGCCAUUAAUCACUGAGUGUUUGGUGUCGUGUAUCUGUCUGCAUGCACAAGUGAGUCACGUCGGGUUUUAUGCCCUGACAUAGACUUGAAUUGAUGUUCGUUUUCAUCAGUUUAGUUGAAGGUCAUCGCCAUGAGUCAUAAUCUUCAGAUCAUAUUUGAGGUUCUUAAUUAAAUCAGUGUGUGCAGGGCUUUACUCAAAAACACAAUGUUUUUUGUUUGUUUUAUAAUCAAAGUCGCAUGUGAUGUAUCUAUAGUAGGAAGUUCAAAUAGGAUUUUCUGUAGGAAGACCUUUUUGACUGGUUUGAUGUCUAAGUUACAACAGCUUGAAAAAACUUCUUUAAUAAAUAC